AUGGAAGACUUUAUGAGUCGCUGCAUAAGUGGGUCAACUGAGUAUGUAGCAGUCAUACUCAGCAGCCGCUCUCCAGAUCAGCCUGUCUAUCUCUACCCAUUAAACGCCUCAAUUGCUUUUACAGUCCCAUUCCCUAUAGUGAGUUUCCAAAUUCUGUCAUACCCUAACUGUAAAGUGGCAGUAGAUUUAUUAUACCCCAACUUUUAUCUUGCGAUAAUAAUUCCUACAAUUUCAGAUACAAUUCUUACGUCUGUAUAUAAAGAAGCUUUAUUUUGAAUAAAAAAUAUUUACCCUUUUCCUGACAAUUUUCCAUGUGUAACAGAUGAGCUUAUUAGUGAAAGGACGCCUAGGAGUGGCAGAAGUGGCCGCAUGAGCCAAAGAGACUUAAUGACGCUUAAGCUUGAUAUGAAUGACAAGCUGAAAAAAGCCCUGGAUCCGGUCUUUAUUUGUUUGUUUUAUAAGGUUUAUCCAUAUAUGCUAUAUGAAGAUGAAGAUUUCUCGACGUCUCCGAUUAUUUAUCCACAGGUGUGUUUACCAUUGGCACUAGGCUGCAGUUCUCUUGUACUGCCAGUUUCUGUUGAGGUGAGGAUGGAUAUCCAAGAUAGUUUGAAUUUAUUAUAUUUAGAUAAAACUGUUAUUGUGCAUGAGAUUUUGACAUUAGAUUCCCCAUCUGCUGUUAUUACUUCAGUUAUGUUUAUGUAUAGAGGGUGCACUAUUAUAGGAAACCUAUCAGAAAGUGAUACAAAAGAGGUCAUGAAGCUGUAUUACGCUAAUACUUUGUUUAUCAGAACCAACACGUUCCCGCAAUUUACCCUUACGAAUAAAAUAAAAAAUGGAAAACAAGAAAAAGUUAUUGCAUUAGUCGCUGUAAAAGCAGGGGUUUUAUGUAUUGUACUUCAAGCUUUGACUGAUGGCACGGUAGACUAUGACCCAUGGUUCGUAGAUAAAGGUUUAAGGGUUUGUAAAGAAAUGGACGACAAAGGAAUUUUCGAAAAACUUGAAGAAGAGUACCAAAAAAAAAUCAUCAAGCCAGAGGUAAAUGAACAUAAAGAAAAGUUUUUAAGAACAUUUGAACAGCAAGUUAUAAGGAAGUCGAGGUCUGUCGCAAGUUCUCCUAUUGGCUCUCCUAAAUCAGUGACAGACGAAAAAGAGACUAAAAAAUUCCAACCAACUUAUUUCCCUGAGCACGAUAUUGAGGUAUUUCACUAUGUUUUGGCUGAUUAUAAAACUAAGCGUUUAAAUGUGUCUCCUAUAAAAGGCUCAAAAGAGUGAUAUUUAAACGUGAUCCGGCCACUUUUUUGCCACUAUUCUAAUUUGUAUGAAAUAAUGCUGGCAAACCCUAACUUGGAGUACCAUGAAAUUAAUGUAAAUUUUGACAAAGUUCUUGACAGUCAGCAAAUUGCAGCUUGUCGACAUGCAAACUCGAUUUUAUUUUUGCAUUACAUAGGAGAGCCUGUAAACCUCAAACAGUUUGCAUUUCAGCUUUCACAAAAUUAA